CCUGCCAUGCAGCCUGUCGGUGUCUGGGGACGCAGCCCCGGGGGCUUACUGCUGGGCCUGCUGUGGAGCUUGUGCCUGGGGUCUCCGUCCCCACCCCCGAGCCCUGAGAAGAAGGACGGGAGCCAGGGCCUGCGGUUCCGGUUGGCUGGCUUUCCCAGGAAGCACUAUGAGGGCCGCGUGGAGAUCCAGCGAGCCGGCGAGUGGGGCACCAUCUGCGACGACGACUUCACGCUCCAGGCAGCCCACAUCCUGUGCCGGGAACUGGGCUUCACCGAGGCCACAGGCUGGACCCACAGCGCCAAGUACGGCGCUGGGACAGGUCGCAUCUGGCUGGACAACCUGAGCUGCCGUGGGACAGAGCAGAGUGUGACUGAGUGCACCUCCCGGGGCUGGGGGAACAGCGACUGUACCCACGACGAGGACGCGGGGGUCAUCUGCAAGGACCAGCGCCUGCCUGGCUUCUCAGACUCCAACGUCAUUGAGGUGGAGCAGCAGCUGCAGGUGGAGGAGGUGCGACUUCGACCCGCGGUGGGAAGGGGCAGAAGACCCCUGCCCGUGAUGGAGGGGCUGGUGGAGGUCCGCCUUCCCGAGGGCUGGUCACAAGUGUGCGACAGAGGCUGGAGCGUCCACAACAGCCGUGUGGUCUGCGGGAUGCUGGGCUUCCCCGGUGAGAAGAGGGUCAACACAGCCUUCUACAGGUUGCUGGCCCAGAGGCAGCAGCAUGCUUUCGGCUUGCAUGGGGUGACCUGCGUGGGCACAGAGGCCCACCUCUCCCUAUGCUCCCUGGAGUUCUAUCAUGCCAACGACACCAUCAGGUGCCCUGCAGGUGCCCCCGUCGUGGUGAGCUGUGUGCCAGGUCCCCUGUAUGCUGUGCCCAGUGGCCACAAGAAACACCAACAGCUGAAGCCUUCUGGGGAGGCCCGUGUGCGGCUCAAAGGCGGGGCCCACCCUGGGGAGGGCCGAGUGGAAGUCCUGAAGGCGGGCACCUGGGGCACCGUGUGUGACCGCAAGUGGGACGUGCAGGCGGCCAGCGUGGUGUGUCGGGAGCUGGGCUUCGGGAGCGCCCGGGAGGCACUGAGUGGAGCCCGGAUGGGGCAGGGCAUGGGGGCCAUCCACCUGAGCGAGGUGCGGUGCUCGGGGCAGGAGCCCUCCCUCUGGAAGUGCUCCUACAAGAACAUCACGGCCGAGGACUGUUCCCACAGCCAGGAUGCCGCUGUCCGCUGCAAUCUGCCCUCCACAGGUGUGGAGGCCAAGAUCCGGCUCAGUGGGGGCCGCAGCCGGUACGAGGGGCGAUUGGAAGUGCAAACCGGAGGACCUGGGUCCCCUCGAUGGGGGCUCAUCUGCGGGGACGACUGGGGGACACUGGAAGCCAUGGUAGCCUGCAGACAGCUGGGCCUGGGCUAUGCCAACCACGGUCUACAGGAGACCUGGUACUGGGACUCAGGGAAUGUGACCGAGGUGGUGAUGAGUGGUGUGCGCUGCACAGGGACAGAGCUGUCCCUGGACCAGUGUGUCCACCACGGCACCCACGUGACCUGCAAGAGGCCCGAGCCCCGCUUCACAGCUGGGGUCAUCUGCUCUGAGACGGCCUCUGACCUGCUGCUGCACUCGGCCCUGGUGCAGGAGACGGCCUACAUCGAGGACCGGCCGCUCCACAUGCUCUACUGCGCAGCCGAGGAGAACUGCCUGGCCAGCUCCGCCCGGGCCGCCAACUGGCCCUACGGCCACCGGCGCCUGCUGCGCUUCUCCUCACAGAUCCACAACCUGGGCCGGGCCGACUUCAGGCCCAAGGCCGGCCGCCACUCCUGGGUGUGGCACGAGUGCCAUGGGCAUUACCACAGCAUGGACAUCUUCACGCACUAUGAUAUCCUGACCCCCAAUGGCACCAAGGUGGCCGAAGGCCACAAAGCCAGUUUCUGUCUUGAGGACACAGAAUGUCAGGAGGAUGUGUCCAAGAGGUACGAGUGUGCUAAUUUUGGGGAGCAGGGCAUCACCGUGGGCUGCUGGGACCUCUAUCGGCACGACAUUGACUGCCAGUGGAUCGACAUCACAGACGUAAAGCCUGGGAACUACAUCCUGCAGGUGGUUAUCAACCCCAACUAUGAAGUGGCUGAGAGCGACUUCACCAAUAACGCCAUGAAGUGCAACUGCAAAUACGAUGGCCACCGCAUCUGGGUGCACAACUGCCACAUCGGUGACGCCUUCAGCGAAGAAGCAAACAGGAUAUUUGAGCGCUACCCUGGUCAGACCAACAACCAGGUCAUCUGA